CUGAAGGAGUGCAACAAACUGAGCCUGGGCAGCUGUGUUCUUUGAGAAAGGCAGAAGACAGUUUGAACCAUGGCAAGCCAGGACUUAAUGGCGAAAAAAAGAGAAUGUCUCCAGGCCUACAGCUGGUGGAGAACACCACAGAAGAAACGGAAGAAAAAGAACAAAAUAAAACCAGGAAGAAUAGAGUUUGUCCCUAGUAGUACUAAUUCAACCAGACCGGAUUACUCUAUAUUUGUUGGGGAGCUUACUCCAGAAGUGGAUGAUUUCCAGCUCUAUGAUUAUUUCCUAAAGAGGUACCCCUCAUGUAUUGACUGCAAAAUAGCAACAGACCUGCUGGGAUAUUCCAGAGGGUAUGCCUUUGUCAGAUUUGGUGAGCAAGGUGAUCAGAUGAGGGCACUGCAAGACUGCCAGAAUGCACCAGGUCUGGGGGGAAAACGAAUCCGGCUGAGCAUAGGAAUUUCUAAAAGACUGAAAGCAGAAUUCCAGCGGUACCAGUCGUACAACUAUAAUGAUUAUUACCAAGAUUAUCAGAACUACUACUCACAGUGGGGUUAUGAUCCUUAUGCUGACUACAACUACAGUUCCUAUGCUCCCUAUGAUAGCAUGCAAGCUGUUGGAGACUGCUCUUUAGGAGAUGCUGUUAUGGCUCCAGCUGUUUUUGAGGAAACUUCAGCUAUGACUGAAAUCAGUGAUGACCUAAUAACUGAAGAUCCACAACUUUACUUGGAUGUUGAUGAAAUGAACAGACAAUUUAUGGAGACAAGUGAAGAACUCUAUGAUUCCCUCAUGAAUUGUCACUGGCAACCUCUGGAUACGGUCACUUCUGACAUCCCCCCUGCUAUUUAAGUGUCUUAUAUAGCAUGACCGUUAUGACCAAGGUGCUAAAAUUACAUUUCUUCUACAUUACUCUAGAUCAUAAGUUUUAAAGCACAAUGAUAGGUUGGGUUUUUUUGCUAUGCUUUUGACAGUUUCUGUAAUCUUUUUUUUUGUUCAUCACUCUACUCUUGGAGCAUCUUGAAAUCAUGUAAAUAUUCUAGAAAUGUAAAGAGUUCAAUGGGGUCUAAAGAUAGACUUGCCUGUGUAAAUAAAAUUUUGUUUCUGCAAA